UGACGCCUCACGGGGCUGACACUACUUACUUGUAGGCCCCCUUUCCGAUCUCCACUCCACAGUCCUACCUACCCACCCUCCCCUUCCGAGUCUCCAUACCCAGCCGCCGCCGCCGCCGCCGCCGCCGGAAAGAGCACGGCGAGAUGAGCUCCGGGAUGGGGAAGGUGGUGUGCGUCACCGGCGCCUCGGGCUACAUCGCCUCCUGGCUCGUCAAGCUCCUCCUCCACCGCGGCUACACCGUCCGCGCCACCGUCAGGGACACCGCCGACCCCAAGAAAACAUUGCACCUGCAGGCCCUGGAUGGAGCCAAGGACAGGCUGCACUUGUUCAAAGCAAGCUUAUUGGAAGAAGGCUCUUUCGAUGCGGCCAUUGCCGGUUCUGAUUGUGUCUUCCACACGGCUUCUCCCUUUUAUCACAAUGUCAAGGAUCCCAAGGCUGAGUUACUUGACCCAGCUGUCAAUGGAACACUCAAUGUUCUCCGUUCCUGCAAGAAAGCCUCUAUCAAGAGAGUGAUCAUAACAUCGUCCAUGGCUGCGGUUGCCUACAAUGGGAAGCCAAGAACUCCUGAUGUAGUAGUUGAUGAGACAUGGUUUUCAAGUGCAGAGGUCUGUGAAAAGAAUGAGCAAUGGUAUGUGCUAUCCAAGACCCUUGCUGAGGAAGCUGCAUGGAAGUUCGCAAAUGAUAAUGGAUUUGAAAUAGUUACAAUAAACCCAGCAAUGGUCAUCGGUCCCCUGUUGCAGCCUACACUGAAUACUAGCGCAGAAGCAAUAUUGAAGUUUAUAAAUGGAUCAUCUUCUACAUACCCCAAUUUCAGCUUUGGCUGGAUAAAUGUUAAAGAUGUUGCCCUGGCACAUAUCCUUGCAUAUGAAGUUCCUUCGGCAAACGGAAGAUACUGUAUGGUUGAAAGAGUUGCUCACCACUCGGAGAUUGUCAAGAUCAUACACGAAAUGUACCCCAAAUUUCCAGUGCCAGACAAGUGUGCAGAUGACGCACCAUUUGUCCCUAUCUACCAGGUAUCGAAGGACAAGAUAAGAAGUUUGGGUAUGGAGCUAAUUCCCCUGGAGACGAGCCUCAAGGAAACUAUCGAGAGCUUGAGAGAGAAAGGAUUUGUUACUUCUGAGUCAAGCCAUCUAUGAAACCUUCUUUCCUUUGGCGUCACUGGAUGCAUACGAUGUUUAUGUACACCUGAAAUAAAUGGAGGCAUAUUGGGCUCUAUGGAUCCGUUGUGUUCUCAUGGAUUCGAGGCUCGAGACGUUCCUCAGAAUGUGGGCAGCCAGGAGCACGCUUAGCAAAUAGAAAGACCCACUACUUAGUGUUGAUGACAUGCUGGUGGACUUCACUCUCUAGUGACAUAUAGUGUGUAUUUCUACAUGAGUUUAUAUGUAUACUAUACUCUAUAGAUAACUUCUAAAAAUAAUCCAAUUGAGAAGGAAAUGUGUUAAGUGGAAACCGGGUCUAAGGGAGAUUCAGUAUUUCCAGACUAUUGAGAAGAGUAGUGUAAGUGUCAUGACAAUUGUUGGUCAUGAUGCAGUAAUUGUUGGUUCUAGUCAAGCAACAAUUGCACUCCCUAUGGGUACUAUAUGAUAAUCUUUGCUGGAUGUA